UGCGUUCCGGAACAUCAACCGGAUCAGGUUCUCUACGCGGUUCGCGGCGCUAUCGCAGUAUCCGACGUUUCGCGAUCUGUAAGUAGAGGUGUUUCGUGGUUUUUCUGUUAACGCGUGCUGAAGUUGAUAGCUUUUCUUCCGGGACUUUAAACAAUAAGGAUCAUCUCCGAUUGAUUCCAAAAUAUUUGACCGAUAUGUGCGUUGUUGGUGAGGUGUGAUUAGUGAAAGUUUACACCAAACUCUGUUCAUCAUGGAUGUCCACAUUGUCUUCUUACUAAUGAUAAUGGUGGCUGAUGCUAGGGAUAUCUACGAGAAAAUAGGAUACUUCUGGCACAUAACGGACAUUCAUUACGACUCCCUGUACCACAACGGAGCUAGGAAAGGUUGCUGGAAGGCUGAACACGAGGGAGGAAACAGCGCAUCAAGGCUGCAGAGAGGUCCAGCAGGACGCUUUGGCGAUUACAGCUGCGACGCCUCCUGGGAUCUUAUAGAAUCAGCAGCGCAGAUGAUGAAGUCCAAACAUAACGACGUCAACGUGGAGUUUAUACUGUGGACAGGGGACUCCCUCUCCCAUUUCACCAAACACCACCAAGACACAAAGAAGUUGGAAACGUUGCAGAACCUCACUGAUCUCCUGCACAAAACUUUCAGUUCUCAAUUCGUAUUUCCUGCACUAGGACACGACGAUCCGAGUUCGAGGAAGAAGAUGGGAGAGAUGUGGAGUAGAUGGUUUCCUGCAGACUCUUUGAAGACGUUCGUGCAAGGGGGGUAUUACAUGUUCGAACGCAAGACCGAAAAGCUGCAGAUCGUCGUGCUCAACACGAAUUUGAUGCGGAAGGGCGAAAACGACGUCGACGCCGCCAAGCAGUGGGACUGGCUGCUGGCGGUGAUGAGGAAGCUGAAGAAGAACGGGGAGACGGCAUAUUUAGUUGGUCACAUGGCUCCGGGAUGUGACGAGAGACAACGAGCAAUACAAGGUACCCAUUCCCAAGCAUUCACGGACUAUUACAACAAGAAAUACCUGAGUUUGGUCAGACAAUUCUCUGAGAUCAUCGUAGGACAGUUUUUUGGACAUCUACAUUCGGACACGUUCAGGGUGAUCUACAACGAACGCGGUCAUCCAGCCUCGUGGGCAAUGUUGGCACCAGCGCUGACUCCAAGAAGAACAGCGGAUGGACCAAACAACCCAGGCUUGAGAUUGUACAAGUUCAAUCAAAACACUGGACAGAUCUUGGACUACACCCAAUAUUACUUGGACCUCACCACCGCCAACCUGGAUAACCAAGCCAAAUGGUCCGUCGAGUAUAACUUCUCGGCGCAUUACAUGAUAAACAACAUCACGCCUUUGGCCCUACAUAAUUUAGCUGAGAAGCUGUCCAACGCCUCUGGCGAUAACCCCACCUUUAAUAGAUACUACAGGGCCAACUCGGUGAGGUUCCACAGCAACCAGCACAGCUCCUGCGACGCAACGUGCGCCCACGCCCACUACUGCGGCAUCACCAGGUUGGACUACCAGGAGCACGAGCACUGUCUGAAGACGGCCGCAAGCGUGGUAGCCUCCUACUCCUUGACCAGCACGCCACUGAACUGCUUCUCGUUACUGUCCCUUUUCGCGAUAUUCAAGGUGCGAUAAGAACUUGCGCGAACUUGACCGGUUUGUGCAUGUGUGCAGAGGCUGAUCCAAAGCCGCAAGUUGGCCAGUACUAACAGGUGGUGGAGGACAAAGACCUGGGGUUGUGUUUGAAGUUGUGAAAACGGUUUUUCCAAUCUCGGAAUUUCCAUUGUGAUCUCCAAAGGCUUCUAAGAUUUUUGCCUUAGUAAUCUAUUCACGUGAAUCGAAUGAAAAGUUUCCGGAAUUGAGGUUUUUACAUUUUAAGAGGAAAAUGAUUAAAUCAUCCAAAAAUUAAUGAAUCACGAAGAACCAUUAUUAAUAUACUGACUGACAUAAUACACUAAAGUACUGCAUAUGAGCAUAUGAUAGAAAAUAAGUAGAAAGAAGAAAACAAAAAUUUCAUUUCUAAUUUCACUUCGAUUUAAUUCAUGAAUUUUUUUAACGUUUAUAUUAAUAUCUAGUUAUUGUUAGCCUCUCUUUACUUUGAAUAACUUAUUGAAAUUCAAUUAAAAUUCCAAGUCAUCUACCCGAAGGGAUUCAUAUUUUAGCGAAUGUUAUUACUUAUAAAUUUGAAAAUCCAUAUUCCAAAUGAAAAUUGAAGCACCAACACCAAUCAAUAACAUUUUUCAAUACGAGGUGACUAUCUAAACUAAGUUAUUAAAAGUUAUAAAUUGUAAGACACAAACUGCACAACAAGACAAGCAAAGACUAAACUACUGAGCAAUAUAAGGUACUAAAUAGAUCUAAUAUAGGCCUGAUUCACAUACACAAGUACCCUUUGCUAAGAUAUUGUUCUUCAAUAAAGAUUUACAAACAAAAUCCCGGAAACUUUUCGCUCAAAAAAAUGUACGCAAUGUAAAAACUGUAUAUUGUUAAUUUUAUAUUCCAACAAUAUUUAAGUUAUCAUUCCUUAUUCCCUCUAAAUUUUUUGUAUUUUGCUGCUUUUUAUUUCCUCCGAUUGUUGCUUAAAAUGAGACAAGAGUGAAUGCAAUGAAAUAACGUUAUAUGUUGGAUAUUUUUAUAUGACUAUAGCUUAUAAUGUAUUAUACGAAAAAAAAUGUGUCAACGAUGUCUAAAUUUUGUACAUAUACUUAAAAUUACGAGUUUGCAGCCGUUUAAAGAUAAUUUAUUUUCAAUAAUGUACUAGUGUAGGAUGAUAUAAAGUUAAUUCCGUCGUAGAUUAGAUGUUUAUGUAUUUUUUUUUAAUUUUCUAAUAUCACAGGAGAGAUCAGCUCAAAAUUUAUGUUUAGUUCGACACUCAAUUUCUUCUGGAUUUUUUUUUUCAUUACAAAACGUAUGCAUAUGUAGGGUGAUUCAAAAAUAAAUGUAUCUACUUUCUAAACGGAUUCCUUAGCUUUUUGUACGAAUAUUAUACAUUAUUUUCUCUAAUUUACUGAAAUUUUAUCAAAAUUAAUAAAAUAUUUCAAUAAAUAUCGUUUAGUGAUUUUUGGAUUAGAAUGUUGGUUGGCAGUACUGUUUUAUGUAUCACAAAUUUGACAAAUAAUAGAUAAAUCUAUGACAGGAGAGUUCUGAGUACCAACAUAAAUAAGAAAUAUUACCAUGAAACCUGUGAAACUGAGAUCUUUCCGCACGAUUUGGUAUGGUAGAAUGAAUGGAUUUGCAACAGAAAAAGAAAAUUAUAUUACAAAUUAUCAUUAUUUCUAGUUUCAGAAUCCCCUCACAAAGUGUAGUUAUAAAUCACCCUGUAUAUUGAUCAAUAUGUCAAAUAAGCUCAAGUUUAAAAAAAAUUUUCAAAUCAUAAAAAUGUAAUAACUAGAAAAAUCUCUCAUCAUUUUUUAUGAUCAAUUUAUCAAAUUCCAAUCAAAUAACUAGAAAAAUGCUACUUGAUUCACCAACAUUCGAAAAUAAAUUUUUUAUUUAUUCUCCAAAGGAAAAUUUCUCAAAAAUUUCAAAUGCGAUCUAUUCUCAUUAUUUAAUUUUAAUCUUUUUGGUUUGCAUAUUUGGAACGCCUGUAAAUAAACAGACUACGAUGCUGCCAAGCAGAUUGUAGCAAAAAGUGAACGAGAUAUUUGUAGCUUUUAAAUAUUGUGUGAUAUACUUUAGGUGUACAUCUUUGAUAUUUUUAUAUAUUAUUUGGCAUAAUGUACAUAACAGCUGAAAGAAUUAUCGACGGAUAUUGUAAAUAUUUUUCGGGUGUCCCCAAACCAGGUAACACUCGAUUUGAGGCCCACUCGACAAUGUAAAGUUGGGUGAGAAUUGACCAAAAUUUUAUCUGUUACGUAACGUGAAAUAUACUCAAGAACCCUACAUACUUCAUUGUCUAUACAGAACGACUAACUCUUACAUGUUUAGGUGUGCCUAUUAAUAAAGAAUAUACUUCAAUAACUUUAUAUACCUAUUGAAUAUUGAACAAAUUUUACUUUGUAAAGUUUUAAUUGAAAUAUUUUCAAAGGAAAAUUCAAGAUAGGCCUUUUUUGGUAUAUUUUAAUGUAGAACUAACUUUAUCGAAUGAUCACAAAAUCGGGAUGAAUCUUGAAUUUUCUUGUAUGUUAUUUGAUUCUUAGAUAGCUAAUUAUUUUCUGUUGAAACUUAUAACAGAUUAAUAUAACCAUAUAGCUAAAAUGCCAUACCUAUGUGAAAUUAACUGUUUUAAUGUAAUGAUUGUUGAACAAAUAAAUUAUUUUCAAUUUC